GCCAUUGUAUUGGUGUGUAAGAUGAGUGCAUCUAAAUCGUUGCAGUUGAUGGUGGUGUUUCAGUUCUAGUAAAUGGUGGUAUAGUUUACGCAUGACAGGAAGUGUUCAGUUGGGCAGCAAUCUCAAUUAAAUGUUUAAAAAAUUGCAAAGGAAAAGCCACGUUUAUUUAACUAGUCAUUGACGUCAUAAUUUAAUUAGCGUUGUGCUAGUUGGGAAACUGCUGGUGAGAAAACUGUAAUGCACAGAGGUUAUUAGUUGUCUUCUAGGUGCUGAUGUUGUGUUUGCAGGUAACAGCCACUGAUAAUGAUAUUGGACUGUUUGGCGAACUGUUAUACUCGAUUAUUGAUGGAAGUGUCGAUAACCGCUUUGACAUUAACAACAAGACUGGUGAGAUCAGGAACACAAAGGUGCUAGAUCGUGAGCAGCGGAAUUCAUACCGUCUCAUUGUACAAGCUAAAGAUAGAGGACCAGAAGAGUGGACACAUUCGGCAGUUGUGAAUAUUGCCGUGAAUGACAUCAAUGAUAAUCAUCCACAGCUUGACAAGCCUAUUACCUUCAAAAUCGUUGAAAACAGUCCUGUUGGCACUCCAGUUGCAAUAUUUUCGGUGAGAACACUCAGUUUAUAAGCAGCAAGCUGUUUGUGUGUGUGUGUGUGUGUGUGUGUGUGU